CCAUAGCACAAAAUGGCCCACUAUUUACUACCGUGUGACGCGCUUUAUCCUCCGAUGCCCACAUCGCAAACCCAAGGCGUGCACUACCAAGAAAGAUACGAGAAGUGCUUUUAAGGUAUACUGCUUGAUAGUUAUAUCUCGAAUUUUGGCGGAAACACUCAGGAUGCGCGACCUGCCAGAAGCUCGGUCAAGUAGCGCUUUCCAGGUGAUCAUGGCGAUGAUGGCUGGCAUCUACAUGGUUGGGGCUUCGUACCUGGUGUGCUUCCAGGCGGUUUUAGCCGACGACGCAUGCUGGGCUCGAGGGUACCGCGCCGGCAGCAAAAUUCUUCGCCUCGCAACAUUUAUGGAUCUUCUCAGCAGCACGAUGCAGUUCAUUUUCUAUUUGUACAUCUCCAAGUUCUAUAGUGCCAAAUGGUACACGCACUUCCUUGAGGGCGGCUCAGAGCGAAUAUUCUUCUCCUACAUUCGCUGCAUGCAUGCGCUGGCCUGCCUGCUCUUCGCCUGCGCGUACUAUUUGCUGGAAGUAUACCACGAUGAAGGAGCAGGAGAUCUCCACGCUUAUAUCAAUGCAUCUCUUUUCGGACUUGCUGGAGCUGUCGAAUUCAGCGUACUAUUCGUGGGCAUGAGUGGUGUGGCUGCCGUUUUUAUAUGGGUGGCUCUUGCGGCACUCACGGCUUGGGCUUGCUUUUUUGAGCCGGAGGUCAAUGAGGCAUCUCCGGCGCUUUAUGAAACGGAACUAACAAACGAUGUGGAACAGCAGGUCGAGAAGUUUGCUCGCAUGAGCCCAUACUACCCAACAGAGUCUGAAGGCGGCCUCCCUCCUUCAACCGCCGCUGUGGGAGGCGGACCGCCAGCGACCGCCACGUCGGGCCCGAUGCUGCUAUCUCAGCAGGACGUAGCCGCCAAGGCUUCGUGA